UAGGAGAUUUAGCAUGGAGCUAUUCCUUGGUUGAGGACUUGAGCAUAGUAGGCACACUCAUUCUUGACAGUGUAUUCCAAGUAGACAGCUGGACAGAUGUGUGAUGUAGGAUGCUUCUGCAUGGGUUCCCAUGCGUCUUCUGCUCCCUUAUAUAAUAUGGAACAAAGAACUCUUUGCCACCACUUUGCCUUAGAUAACUGUGUGUGUGCCAGUGUGAACUCUGACACCACGUUUUCUUUCUAUGCAAUCCCGCCCAUCUGAUAAUGCUGCCUUGCUGUGCUGUGUGCUUUCGUGCGUCCUGGUUGCACAUUAGUCUGUGUUGUUUUCAGUUUGCCCAAUGCUGCAGUUACCUUGAUUGUAAUUUACAUAGCUUCCAGUAGGACUACACUCUUACCCUGCCUUACUUAGUUCCUUAGUUGAACACAGAAGAGAGAUAAUAUAAAAUUCUGGGUUCAUGCACAAGCUGGGAUGGGAAGGGGGAUGAACCAUUAUGUCACAGAUGAUUAUAAUAUGUAAUUAUAUAGUGCUUUUUCCCCCUUAAAGGUAUUUUUUUGAGCCUUGAAUUAAUUUUAUCUUUAUUAUCCCUGUGAAGGAGGUAGGGCAAGUAUGAGGGGACGUUGGGUGCUGAAUUUUUAGGCCAAAGACUGACAUUUAUAUGAAUUUGUUACUGUCGGCCCCUGGGCAGGUCAGUUAAUGGCUUGGAGAUUCACUUUCCUUGUCUGUACCAUGACCACAUGUGCUGCCUACCUCACAGGGUUGUUGUGAGGUCAAAUGAGAUCAUGUACAUGAAAGAUCUGUAAAUGGUAAAGUACCACGUUUUGUUAGUCCUCUUCUUUCUUUUUGGGUAGGGGACAGUCUCAUGUACCCCCAGGCUGGCCUUGAAGUUCUGAUCUUCUUGCCCCCAGCUUCUGGGAUUAUAGGCCUUCACCACUCCAUCUGGCCCUAAUCAGUCAGAUGUGUUGUUGGUUACUUCCAUUCCUCCCUCACAGUGAAAUCCUUCUAGUUCAUGUCUUUUGUCCUUAUUGUUAGGGAGCUUGUCCUUAAACAGCACACAUCCAAUCAAAGCUGGUUUAACCAGCUGAGGCACUGGCACUUGCUGGAAACUCUUACCAAGCCAUUUACAAGGGCAUUGUAAUCAGUCAUGGCAGGAUUGUGGCAAUGGUCUGUGUUUCUGCCAGUCACAAGUUUGUUUCUGGAGGGUGGCCAGCUACCACUGGAAGAACAUUCAGCUGGACAGAUUCUCUUUACUAAAGUGCCUCCUAGAUAGACAGCACUGGGCUAAGUGCUGGUUUGGUAAGGAUUCACUUAUUAGACAUGUACGUAAGCAACUACAACUACAAGGCUGGGAACUGUGGAAUAGCUAGACAGGCUCAUGAAGAUUUGGAAGAGAGGUGACUUAGCUUCUUUUUUUUUUUUUUUCCCCGAGACAGGGUUUUUCUGUGGCUUUGGAGCCUGUCCUGGAACUAGCUCUGUAGACCAGGCUGGUCUCGAACUCACAGAGAUCCGCCUGCCUCUGCCUCCCGAGUGCUGGAAUUAAAGGUGUGCGUCACCAUCGCCCGGCCGUGACUUAGCUUCUUUAGGCAGUUUGUAUGGCAGCCAUUUUGUUGAAACAGACAACUAAUUUUGUUUUCUGGCAGUUUUUUUCUCUCACGGCACUAUUGUUAUGUAUGUAUGUAUGUAUGUAUGUAUGUAUGUAUGUAUGUAUUUAUUUAUUUAUUCUUUCUAAGACAGGGCUAACUGUAUGUAGCAGUAACUGGCCUGGAACUUACUGUGUAGCAGAUGGUAGCCUUGAACUCAAGAUCCUCCUGCCUCUGCUUCCCAGUGCUAGGAUUAAAGGUGUGUGCCACCAUGCCUGGUCUAAUGUUCUAUUACUCAGUUGUUCUGUGACUGCCUCUUGAAUCACCUUUUUGCACAUUAGUUGCAGUAUGUGAGUUAGAUUACCACUUGUAGGUGCAACUAACCUGGGCCAGCCAUUGAUAGUUAAGAAUUCAAGGUCUGGGGCUGGAGCAGUGGCUCUGGUUAAGAGCACUGGCUGCUUGCUCUUCCAGAGGUCCUGAGUUCAAUUCCCAGCAACCAUAUGGUGGCUCACAAUGUGGAGUACAUAUAGAGUACUCAGAUUUAACAAACAUCCCUCCAAAAAAACCCUCCACAAAUAAAUCCUAAAAAAGAAAAAAAAGAUUUCAGGGUCACUGGGCAUGGUGAGCCACCUGACAUGGGUGCUGGGAACCAAAUUUGGGUCCUCUCCAAAAGCAGUGCACGAACCCCUUUUCCAUCAUUUCUAUCAGUGACUUGAAUGAAGACUGUAUACAAGAUGAUGCUAAAUGGAAUAGGAAAUGUAAGUCAUCUCUUCAGUUCCUGCUAUACUUCUGCUGCUUCAUCUAGAAGAUAAAAAUUAUGGGCUACAGACAUGGGCUAAGUAAGUAGAGGUGUGUGGGCAUAGGCCCGAAGAACUCAGCUUAAUCCCUGGAUCCCACAAGGUGGCAGAAAAAUCAGCUUCCAAGAGUUGUCCUUCCACAUGUGCUCACAAUACAUAUAAAACAGUUGUGAACAGGCGGGUGGAUGGCCCAUGCCUGUAAUCCUAGCACCUGGAGGGGAGAGGCUGAGGACUUGCUCAUCUCUGACUACACAGUAAGUUAAGUGUGUAUGUAGCCUUGUCUACAUAAGACCCUGUCUCAAUCCCCCCCAGGGUAUGUAUGUGUACUUUCGCAUCUUACCCACCUACAAAGUUACUGUCAGGAUCAGAUUAAAUACAGUGAGUAUAAAAGCGCCUUGCAGACUGCAGGGCUACCUACAGGGCAGCUGUAGUAGUGCCACAUCUGUAAUACCAUGGAAUUGGAAAGGCUGGCUGGUUGACUACUUUGGAACAGGUUUUAACCUGAUAAUCUGGAGUACCUAAACUGCUGGGCACAAACAAAAAAAGUUACAAAUAUCAAGUCAUAUAGCAGUUACAAAAUGUAGUUACACAAGCUUACAGAGUAGAGUUUCUGGCAAAAUUCUAGUCAUAGUGAUCACUAAUGUGAACCAUUUACAGUCCAAGGAAACAAACAUCUGGAGAACAAAUGUUGUCCAGGUGCUAAAGAAGUCUGCUUGGAAGCCCUGCUGGUUACUGUGCAGGCACCAGGUAGCUGAGGGACGCUGACGAGCAUGGAUGCAUUUUAAGGAAGAAUGAUCAACAGGGAGAAGGGAUGUGAAAGCAUGGCUGAGUGGUUCAGUGUGGUUACCACCAGUUACACAGGGCAGUUCACUCAAAAACAAAAGCUCAGUUCCUCAAUCACACCAGCAGCGUUUCUGGCAUUCAUUCACGUGGCUAUCUUGAACAGUACAGGCAAAAUGGUUCUACUCAAAAGUUGUCUUGAACCGUACUGUAGAAGCAACGACAGAGCAACUGUGGAUAGCAGGGAACAGAGAAGACUAGGAGCGCCUGGAGCUCUUCUGUGAGGCUGAGAAGACUGGGUGUGUAAUGAAGGCUGCCCUGGGAUAGCAGAAGGGCUGUUUUGAAGAAGUGACUAUUUUGUUCCACUCAGGCACUGAGGAGUAUGACUUGGCUCGAAGCCUUUUUUGAGACUGACUGAUAUUAUAGCAGAGAAUAACCUUGAACUUCUUUCUGGUCCUCUUGUGCUUCCUUGGUACUGUGAUUACAGACAAGCAUGUGCUACCAGGCCUGGGGUAUGCAGUGCUGAGGACAGAAUCUAGGAUUUCAUAAAGCUAGGCCAGCAUUCCAACAACUACAUCUCCAGCCCCUUAAAUAAGAAACUUGAUAAAGAUGUAUGUUUAUUUUAUGUGUAUGAGUGUUUUGCCUGCUUGUAUGUAUGUGUACCCUGUGUGUACCUGGUAUCCCUGGAGGUCAGAAGAGAGCACUGGAUCCCUGACAUGGAGUUACAGAUGGUUGUGAGCCAUUACACGGAAGCUGAGACUGAAUGUGGGUCCUCCGCCAGAGCACCAACUGCUUUUAAUCACUGAGCCAUCUCUCCAGUCCAGAAUAAAAUUUUGAGCUGGCAGAGCUUUGGAGAUGGUUCAGUGGGUUAAAGCACUUGUCACAUAAAUGUGAGGACUUGAGUCUGAAUCCCCAGAACUCACGUAAAAUUGAGCAGACUAGUGUAAUUUCUAUAAUCCCAGGGCUCCCAUUGUGAGCUGGGAGGUAGACAGGAGUCAACCCAGAAAUUUGCAGGCUAGCUAGCUUUGCAAAUGUAAUGCUCUAAACAACAAAGAAGAAACUGUCCCAAACUCAAGGUGAAAGGUAAGAAACUAUCUGAAGAUGUCCUCUGACCUCUACCUCACCCAAAACUGCUAAAAUUUAUACCACAGCUACCCUUAAAUUUGAUUUCCCCUGGCAAACAGUUGGUUCUCUGAAUCCAUGGACUCAGCCAACUGAAUUGGAAAUUUUUUUUGGGGGGGGAUUGUACUGAGCAUAGGUAGACUUUAUUCUUGCCUUUACCUAUGCAAUAUGGCAUACCAAGGUUACAUUUUCCCCCAUGACUCCUAAAAAAGUGUUUAGCUCAGGCUGUCCAGGAACUCCAUGUGUAGAGCAGGCUGACUUUGAACUAAUUGAGGGAUUCUGUAUCUGCCUCUAAAGUGUUAGGAUUUACAGGUGUGUGCCAUUGCCAUCUUACCUGGCUAAGACACCAGUCGUUGUAUUUAUUGGGUAUUAUAACUAAUGCAGAGCUGACAUAAAGUACAGGAGUUGUGUGCAUAGGUUCACAUGCAAAUAGUCUAUACAAGGAACUUGACUGUCUUCCAGUCUGUUCAUGGGUUUGGAUUGUCCUGUAAGCAGUCUUCCAUGGACAGUGAGGGACGUGCACAUUUUUCCGUUUGGUUUUUCGAGACAGUUUCUCUGUGAAGUUUUGGAGCUUGUUCUGGAACUCUGUAGCACAGGCUGGCUUCAACUCAGAUCCACCUGCCUCUGCCUUCAGAGUACUGGGAUUAAAGGCGUGCACCACCACCGCCCGGCAGAUUUAAGUACAUUUACGUUCAUUCUGCCUGCUUAUUAGAUACUGCCUUUUAACUUACUAGGAUCGGGCAUAACCAAUGUGCCAGGCGUACACGAGCUUACCUUUUUCUUCACUAUCAAGUCUGUCUCUGAGUAGGGUAUAAGGCUAUAUGGUAGAAUUUGUCUAGCAUACACAAAAGGCCCAGAAUUCUAUCCCUGGCCCUGCAAACAACACAGCCACCUUGUAAAACCGAGACCCCUACCCCAACUCCGCAGGGCUGUACUUUAAGGCCUGUCAAAUUCCAUUUCUGGAGUUCAAAACAUGAAAACGCUCAUACGGCUUUCUGAAGCACAUGUUGACAGCAAGCAUUUGCCAUCAUUGUUCCUAAUUCCUCUGGUCUCUAAUCACAGGGAAGUCAAAGAUGAGUCAGUACUCAGUUGCUGGAUGGGAUAGUGGAGGAGCACUGCCUAGUUGGGAAUGGGAAGCUGGAGUCUGUUGACCAUAAAGACAGCAGGAACUUAUCCGCGAUUUCCUUGCAGAUACGGUGUUUUAGCACGCUUGUAUUUGUUUUCCUUAUCCGCUCCAGCUACCAGCUAGGGCAAGUUAUCACCGGAACUUAUAACUGUCUCUGCCUUCUGACUGGCUCCUACUUUAUACACUUUUUCGCACAUCCCCACCGCAUCAUCGGUUAGGACCGGCUCACGACCUCCUGUGGACUUCCUCGCCCAAUUCUGGAGCGGUUCAUCUGUGCUCAUGGCCUUCUCACAUAUAAAAUCUGUACUGAGUCUAGUUACACAGAUGUCCAAUCUCUGUUAACCUUCAAGCAACUCGAGGGCAGGCAGGGGCAAUGCGGUUUCAGUUUCGAGUGCAUUCCGGGUGGUACCCAGGACCUGGCAGGCAUCCUAUAAAUACUGGCUGGGCAGCUACAGCGGAGGAGGGGGGGGGCAAUGAACUCUUACCCAGACGCCCAGAAGCAUCUUCCCUGAGGUGCUCUCGGAGCCCGAAAGGAGGCGGGGAGCGGCGAGCAGCGCGGUGCGCACCGGGCAGACCGAGGCGGUAGAGGGAUGCACCCAGGGCGAAGGCCCGGAGCCCGACAAGAGGCGCGGCCGGCCGCUCUCCUCGUGACUCCUCCUUCCCCCUCCCCGCAGCAGCCGCUGCAAGUCAGGUGAUUCCAGGCACGUGAUGCACACCACCUACCCUGCUGCUCCGGAGUGGCAACCCACCCAGCCAAUAAGGAGCCGGUUCUCGGCAGCAGUCCAAUCAUCCGGUUUGGGGGCGGGCCCAGCGGCGGCAGCGGCUGCCGGGGGCGGCGGCACCAGCGGCAGCAGGGGGAGGCGGCGGCCUGGCCUGGCCUGGCCUGUCAGGGCGCGGGCGGCGGCGGUCCAGCACCAUGUCCCUGCAGUACGGGGCGGAGGAGACGCCCCUGGCCGGCAGUUACGGAGCAGCCGACUCGUUCCCCAAGGACUUCGGCUACGGCGUGGAAGAGGAGGAAGAGGAGGCAGCGGCGGGCGGCGGCGGUGGCGCGGGGGCCAGCGGUGGCUGCGGCCCGGGCGGCGCUGACAGCUCCAAGCCCAGGAUCCUACUCAUGGGGCUGCGGCGCAGCGGCAAGUCCUCCAUCCAGAAGGUGGUGUUUCAUAAGAUGUCACCAAAUGAGACUCUCUUUUUGGAAAGUACAAACAAGAUUUAUAAAGAUGACAUUUCCAAUAGCUCCUUUGUGAACUUCCAGAUUUGGGAUUUUCCUGGACAGAUGGACUUCUUUGACCCAACCUUUGACUACGAAAUGAUCUUCAGGGGGACAGGAGCGUUGAUAUAUGUCAUUGAUGCGCAGGAUGACUACAUGGAGGCUUUAACACGACUUCACAUUACUGUUUCUAAAGCCUACAAAGUUAACCCAGACAUGAAUUUUGAGGUUUUUAUUCACAAAGUUGAUGGUCUGUCUGAUGAUCACAAAAUAGAAACACAGAGGGACAUUCAUCAAAGGGCCAAUGAUGACCUUGCAGAUGCUGGGCUAGAAAAGCUCCAUCUUAGCUUUUAUUUGACUAGCAUCUAUGACCAUUCAAUAUUUGAAGCCUUCAGUAAGGUGGUACAGAAACUCAUUCCACAACUGCCAACUUUGGAAAACCUAUUAAAUAUUUUUAUAUCAAAUUCAGGUAUUGAAAAAGCUUUUCUCUUUGAUGUUGUCAGCAAAAUCUACAUUGCAACAGACAGUUCUCCUGUGGAUAUGCAGUCUUACGAACUUUGCUGUGACAUGAUUGAUGUUGUAAUUGAUGUGUCUUGUAUAUAUGGAUUGAAGGAAGAUGGAAGUGGAAGUGCCUAUGACAAAGAAUCGAUGGCCAUUAUCAAGCUGAAUAACACAACUGUCCUUUAUUUAAAGGAAGUCACUAAAUUUUUGGCACUGGUUUGCAUUCUUAGGGAAGAAAGCUUUGAACGAAAAGGUUUGAUAGACUACAACUUCCACUGUUUCCGAAAAGCUAUCCAUGAGGUAUUUGAGGUGGGUGUGACGUCUCACAGGAGUUGCAGUCACCAGACCAGUGCCCCAAGCCUGAAAGCAUUGGCACACAAUGGCACGCCGCGGAAUGCCAUCUAGUCUGAAUCUCAGCGAUCAAGGCCCAGUGCCAGCCCACUCCUCCCUCCAGAGUCGGAUGCCAUGUGCUACAGGACACGGGAGCUGCUGCCUAUGGGAGUCUAGAGACGGUGGUGGAGUUUCUCAUUUAGAUGAAAGGCCUUCUCUUUAAAAUACGGCACAAAAGAAUUACAGAGACCUCAGAACUCAGUGUGUCUUUCUCCUCUUUGGGUCCAACCUUAAAUAGUUGGAAUAAUUUGGACCUGGAGAUGAUACCAGUUAUCCAUCUUUACCAGUGAAUGUUGCUGUCAGUUCCAGCCUAAAACUAUAGGAAAACUGAGUUUUGUAUGCUUCCCUUAGGCUCUCACUUGAGUAGUGUCUAAAGACCUUGCUUUGCUUACGUUCUAACACUGCCUCUCAGAGCUCAGGUUUCACUGUACCUCGCAGCCUGUGGAAAUGCGUUAACUUGCUGCCUUGGAAGAUGCUGCAAAGGGUGUUUCUGUGUUUGUCCUGAAGGAGAGAAGAGAGGAGGUGUCUGUGCAGCAUCGGGGAGAGCCAGGCUCAACAAGGGCUGCAUCAGUUCCCUGGAUGUGUCGAGGAAAAAACUGAAACAAGAGGAUUUCCACACCCGUGUUUUGGUGGCAGACGGAUGUGCUCUCUUUGUUAGGUCGGGGUCAUGCACAGUGUAACAAAGGGAAUUUAGGACAGAAGGGUUUUCCCCACAGUCCCCGCAGAGAGGGGCAAACUCAUUAUGUCACUGAAGUGCUUAACUCACUUUUCUUUAAUUUUGACGCCCUGUCUUUUAUUCUGUGCUCUGUAGGCUCUUUAAGAAUUGUUUUUGACACAGGUGGCCCUGAGGCUCGGGUGGACUGUCCACUGUGACUUGGAAGAAGCAUGCAGUGGGCAGUGUGUGUUACUCUACAUCCCUGUCUCCGGAGUCCUGACACUAAGUGUCAGCUGAGGGACUUUCCUUUGCCUGGAAUAUGAAUUCAUAAUUCUUUCUCCUGUUCAUGGCUGAUACCCUUCCCAUUGAUUUAGACUUCCACAUUGUCUUUGCUUCAGAUGCCCAAUAGCCACAGUCCAGGACCGCUGGGCCACAUGAGUGCAUCAGUGCCGCUGCUGAGUGACGCUCAGGUCUGUACCCAGGCAGUGAGACUGGGAGCGCUUCCUGCAGGUGGCUGACUGUUGAGUAUUUACAUGGACCAUGUGAUAUCCAAAGGAAAAAUGCUUUUAUAUUUAUAGAUUAUUUCAUUGAACUAUAUGUAAAAUGGGUAUCAAUAAAUGUAUUUACUCCAAAAACA